GCAAUGGUGGGGGUGAGUUGCGUCUGCCGUCUCGUCACUCUCUUUUUCUAUGAUAUUAAUGAUAUUAAUUAAUAAAAUUACUCUAUUUACUAGUGUAUGAGAAAUAACUCAAAUUUUCAAUAUUAUAAAAAAUAUUUUUAGUAAAGAAAAAUUCACUGCUUGGAGAAAGGGCGAAAAGUGUACAUUUUGAGGUUAGGUUUCUGUGUAUACCGUGUAUACGAGCCAUACGAGCAUAGAAUUGAUUCAACUGAACUAGAUUAUGUAUUACAUAUAAAGAUAAAGAUUAUAAAUAAUUAAUAAUAAUUCCAAUUUUAAAUACUGAAAAUAUUGAAGACGAACAGACAAUAUGAAUAGAUUUGAAUAUGCGACUUUAACAUUUUUACCAAAUGAAGUUCAUUUGAGAACUGACAGAAGAGUGAGUCUUUAUGAUGGCGAAACAAAGACACACUUUGUCACCAGUGAUUUGGUCUUGACAAAUUAUAGAAUAUUUUGGGGCCAACCGAAUGAAGUCGACAAUCAAGGUUCUCGUUUGGCACUGUCAUUAAAAUACGUUAUUUUCCUCGAGGAGGAAAAUCCUGGUGCUUUUUCAUUUAGUCGAAGUAAAAAGGUUGUCCUACAUCUUACCGAACCCGGUCCAGAGAAAACGAAAGGUCCCCUUGAUGACAGUACAAAAAAUUAUAUCAAAUUAUCAUUCAAAGAAGGACUGGAUCCAAAUUUUAUUGUUCAAUUAUCGGACGCUCUUACGCGACGAGCUUGGGAAUUUAUGCCUCCGAUUACUGAAAGUCAACAAAGCGGUUCCAGUAGUAUGAAACGUCUACCAGAAAUAAAAACACGCACGGGAAUCAUUGGAAUUGAGAGGAAUCUUCAGGAGAGGCAAAAAGCCACCGAUCAAAGUAUUACCAUGGCAUUUCAAGAUCUCAGGAAACUGAUGGAAAUGGCAAAGGACAUGGUGUCAAUAUCGAAGACCAUCUCAACAAAAAUAAGGGAACGCCAAGGCGAUAUCACGGAAGAUGAAACAGUCAGAUUUAAGUCGUACCUGAUGAGCUUAGGUAUUGAUGAUCCGGUCACUAGAGAUGCCUACAGGAGUAGCAAUGAGUAUUUUCGACAACUCGCCCGACAAUUGGCGGAUAUUCUAGAAGAACCUAUUAAAGAAGUAGGGGGUAUGAUGACAUUAACGGAUGUUUAUUGUCGAGUUAAUCGAGCUCGAGGUUUGGAACUUUUAUCCCCUGAGGAUUUAUUGAACGCUAGUCGACAACUUGGUCCCUUGGAUUUGCCACUUGUACUGAGAGUUUUUGACAGUGGUGUCAUGGUCCUUCAAAUUCGAUCUCUCGAUGAUGAGGCAGUCGUUGAAUCUAUUGCCGAAUUGUUGAAAGACAGAGGAUCAAUUUCGGCUGAGGAAUUAGCUCAGUCAGAAGGUAUAUCCGUGACAUUGGCACGAGAAAGACUAUUAGUUACAGAGAAAAAUGGAAGAGCUUGCAGAGAUGAUUCUAUAGAGGCACUGAGAUUUUAUCCUAAUCUUUUUCUAGAACAGGAUGUGUGAUAUUUGAAUUUUUUUCGCCGACUUUAAUGAGCAUUUUUUCAGGAAUAUUGUCUGAUAUUUUUAAUAUACUGACAAAAUACUAAAAUUUUUGUGCCUUUUUGCAUUGUGCUUGUUCUUCAUUUUAAGACAAACAAUUGUACACUACACGGAAAAUACAUUUAUUACAAAAACAA